AUGGAAUCUAAAGAACAUAAAAAAGAACCUAAUAAGGAAGUUCCAAAGUAUAGGGUUAAAGGGCGUUUUAAUAAUAGGAAUGAUAAAAAUACUGAAAUUCAUCCGCAAGAUAAACUGGAACGAACAAUAUUAGAACACGAUCUAAGAGGAAGACACAAAUAUACUGAACACAAUAAUAAACAUGCAUUGGUAGAUGAAGAGAAAUUAAAGCUCAGGAAAAGUAGAUUCAGUAAUGAUAAUAAAAAUUACAAAUCAACAAAGGUUCAGUAUGGGUAUGUGAGUAGAGGUGAAGACAAUAGAUUACAGAAGAGUCAUAGCGAGAGGUUACACUUCUUCAACCAUAUUGUUAAUUCUUUCAUACGUUAUAGUAAUGCUAAUACAGCAUCAGAUUUGAGCAGAGAUUUUGAUCGGUUUAUCAGCAAGAGUGAUAUCCCCCCAGAUGAUAGUGCUGGAAUACUGGAAGAGCCUACAAUCGAUUCAAUAUUGAAUAAUUUAAGAAAGCUAAGAGAGGCUUUGUUACAUGAAAGAGCAAAUGCAUUUACCAAGAAGGUAUUUUUGUUUUCAAUUAGAGUAUCUGUUAACAUGGGCCAUUACCAGACAUAUAUUCCCAGCAUAACCUAUUUACUUCAUUCGAAUAAUUCUCUGCUACUUGAAGACGUAGAGAAGCAAGAGAUAGCAACAAUAUUAGUGCUACACACUGCACAUUUUAAUGAAGAGAAUUCUAAAGCCUUACAACUUUAUUUUAAAUACAUCAACCCAUCUGAAAUUAAAACCAUGAAGAUAUUGAAAAGCUGGAUCAACAGUGACUAUUACAAUUGGAUACAGUAUUAUAAUUCAGAAACAGAUAAUGGAAAAGCCUUCGUCAUGAAAUUUGGUUUACCUCGUAUGGCCCAUCAUAUGAUAAAUGCCAUCAAUAAGUCAUAUUUCAGUUUCAAAUUAAAGGAUUUUCAAGAUAUUUAUUUGCCUAAUGGUUUGUCUUACGCCCAGUUAAGUGAUAAGUAUAAAACCAAUUGGAAACUAGAUAAUGAUACAAUAAUAGUUAGAGAACGUCAUAUUCGGUAA